CGAACUGGAGCGUUGACGCAGUACACUCGGUUGUCUCGUCUCUGUUUACCAGUCCAAAGUGCGCAGAAAGGGAGCAAAGGUUCCCCGUGUGGCUGCCGAUCAUCGCCGCGGAUGGUUUUCUACUGAAAGGCGAAGAAACGAACAAAGACCCGGCGCUGAGAGCGCUGUUCACCGAUCCGCUGACAGCGGGGGAGAUAUGGUCGGUCUGAGUGAGGAAACUGUGUCUGAGUACAAAGACCGAGUGAAGCGGUCAGAGGGGCAGAUCUGCCGCAAGAGGAAGCAGCUCGACACCGCGUUCAAGCCGGAAGUCAGGCGGUAAACAUCAGACAACCAGCAGCAGUUGGUGAUGAAAGAUUUUCCCCCGGAGCAGCAGGAGUGGAGAUUCAGCAUGGAUCCAGAGUGUUGCCACAUUAAAGAGGAACAGGAGGAACUGGGGAUCAAUCAGAGGGAGGAUGAUAUCAUUGCUGUGAUAGUAAAGGGUGAAGAGGAUGAUGAGAAACCUGGGUCCUCGCAGACUCGUCACAGUCGCACCGGUGAGAACAGAGCAGACUGUGGAAGACCAGAAUCAGCCAGAAACCUGGGUCUGCGUGGACAUCCAGGACCAGGUACUGAGGACAAGAACGAAGAAGAAGAAGAAGAAGAAGAAGACUCUUCGGAGACUGACAACAGUGAAGAUGAGUGGAAGACCACCAGCGAACCUCCAACUUUAAAGUCAGCCAAUAGUAAAACACCCUCCACUGAUACGAGAGGCAACACCAGUGAUAAAGUAUUUGAAUGUUCUGAAUGUGGUAAAAGGUUUGUCAGAAAGAGCCACCUGACGACACACAAGAAGAUCCACACAGGAGAGAAGCCAUUUAGUUGCUCUGAGUGUGGCAAAAGCUUUACUCAAAAGGGCAAUCUGAAGUCACAUGAAAAACUUCACACGGGAGAGAAACCCUUUAGCUGCUCCGAGUGCGGUAAACGAUUUACAGAGAAGAGCAAUCUGAAGAAGCACAUCAAAUCUCACACGGGAGAGAAACCAUUCGGUUGCACCGUGUGCGGUAGGCGAUUCUUCGAGAACAGCCAUCUGAGGUCACACAUGAAAAUCCACUCGGGAGACAAACCGUUCCGCUGCGCUGGGUGUGGUAAGGGAUUCUUCGAAAGGAGCAGCCUAAGGAAGCACGAGAAAUGUCACCUGGGAGAAAAACCCUACAAUUGCUCCGAGUGUGGUAAAGGAUUUUUCGAGAAGAGCAGUUUCAGGAAGCACGAGAAGUUUCAUUCGGGAGAGAAACCGUUUACUUGCUUGUUCUGUGGCAAAGGGUUUGCUGAGAAAAGAAACCAGAUACUGCACAUGUCCGUCCACACAGGGGAAAAACUACUGAGUUGCAGAGUUUGCAACCAAAGAUUUAGCUGGUAUAGUCAGAUCAAAAAACAUCACUGUGUUGGUUACGCCACAGAGAUUAAUUAGAGCCAGAGACCAGAAACCAGUCGGUUAUUCACAAUUUGAAGGACAGUUUUUCCCUCAGGCCAUGACAGGGUCAUUAACCUUUAGACACCAAACAUUUACCAUAGAGCUCCGAGCGUCACGUGACGUUUGUUUACGCCGCCAUAUCAGCAGGAAAAGCUUCAGCAAAAUGGUUUCAAGCUGUCAGAGUUCACUGCACACUUUAAGUCCACGGACAACCUGACUAAAUACAAAUUUGUGUUGCCACCAAAUGGAAACGGUUCGGUUUGGAACAGUGAACAAUGAACAUCUUUGGCACCCUUCUCUUGAGGUACCAGAGUAAAAUGGUAUGGUACGGUCAGGUUGGAGUCACAGUCAACUGAAUGUGCGACAGAAAAAUGUCACUCCCUUGCAGCCAAUGCUUCUUCAACGCCCGCAGUCUAUUCUUGUACAUUCUUGAUGUCUUGUUGAGACAAACGGCAACAAACUGAGCAGGAAACAAAGAGCUGCUGGAUGGCCUCCAUUGUUGUCUGUUGUGUUGCGUGUCGCACUGGUACGACGUAAUGCCAUCUAGCGCAGCCCAAACCCCGCCUACCGAGUAAAGGUACUGUUCCCAGUUGAAAUGUAAGCCUGACCCAAGGCUUUGUCAUUCCAAACCGUACUGUACUGUACUGUACCAGACCAGACCAGACCAUGACAGAAACACAGCAUAGCUGAUCCUUACAAAUACCCCAGUGGAAAGAGUAGGAGUGGACAUUAUUCCAGACCUGCAGGAUUUUGAUAUAUUCAACUUUCCGAUGAAUACUCCCUCAUCCUACUCCAGAGAACACUUACACAUCGCAAUAAAUGCUUGUGAAAUAAGAUAUUUAAGUUAUUUAGUGAUGGAUUGCCUGUGGACUCUCAUUGCUCCAUUUUAUAUGCCAGCCUGUAAUGGACUGUUUCAGCACCCUGGCACAACACAGCUACCCACCAUCUUCACUUUUUGCCUGAUAUAUUACCUGGUAAACGUAUAUACUGACGAUUGUAUAAAUCUAUGGAUUUGUAGAGCGCCACUUCCUGCCAUAAUGGCAUCAUUUUGGUUGCAUGUUGGAAUUCCGUGACGUCCACUACCAGAGCUCUAUUGUACGUAACUGGUGAUGUAAAUACUGCAUGCUGUGAAUAAUAUAAUGUAUUACCAAUACAAUGUGCGAAUCCAUCCACCCCAUGUACACGUAUUUAUACAGUAUUACAUUGCACUACUGUACUAUUUUGUACCAUUCUUAAACUUAGUAGUACUUAAAGUUUUUUUAGGGCUCCUAAUUGGGUGCCAUUUUACACCGACACCAUUAAUAUGCCUUGUACGUGCUCGCAUUUGGCCAAAAAAAAAAAGUCGGGUUUGAGUCUGACAAUCAUUCAGUGAGUUUCCAUUGGCCUGUUUUUACACGCAUGCUUGAUUAGUACUUAAAAAAAAACAGACAAUUAAAAAAAACUUGAAAAGUUUUUACACCUGGAAAGGUUAAGGUAUCGGUAAAACGUAAAUGUGAAUAAGUGCAAUGGAAACAUUUUCAGAAAAUGAAGGAUGGCAUUUAGAAGUCGUGUGAUUGGGGCAGCCUAUCGUAUAAGCAGAAGAGAGAACUUGGCUGGCAACCGAAGGGUUGCCUGUUCGAGUCCCCACCAGGUCAAGGGCUGGGGUAUCCCUGAGCAAAGUACCCAGUCCCCAUUGCUCAUUGUCAAUUAGACACUCUAAGUUGACCCCAGCCACAGCAUCCAGUGUACUUCUAAUGCUGGUCCCAAGCUUGGAUAAAUUGGAUCAUCCGCUGUGGCGGCCCCUAGAGAGGGAGAAGCCAAAAGAAAAAUUGAAAUGUAUUUGGAAAGUCACAGAAACAGCCGAUGAAGGAACCGUGACAGUUCUCAACGUGGUGCAAGAAGCAAAUAUUACUACAAUAAAAGAUGGAAGCAGCAAUGAAACGCCAACAUAUUUUAACAGCUUGAUGCUCUUUAUUUAUAACAUUAAACUGUGCUUUGUUAUCUUUUUCCUUUUUUUGGGCGCGCCACCUAGCACCUACUGCUUAUCUCGGUGAACUAACUCCCAACAUUUGCAUCCACAACAGUGGACUGGGAGACUUAAAUGCCUUUUUUUUGAAUGGUUUAUUUGAUAGGACUGAUACAGUUUGCAUUGACAGGCUUAAGUGUUGAUAGCAGAUGCUAAUUUGCACCCGUCCCCAGAAGAGCUUCUGUAAAAAGUUUAAAAGGGGGUAAUCCACUUAUACAGAUUUAUAAGAAUGUAAGUCGGGCUGCUAACUAAUGAUUGUUUCCUUGAUUAAUCCAAUACUUGUUUGGUCCACAAAAUGUUGAAAAAUAUUGAUCAGUGUUUCUCAAACCUGGAAUUGGUGAUGUUAUAACAUUUCAAUGAUUUCUUUGUUAUAUAGGGCAAAAGAAACCCGAAAAUAUUUUCAUUUAAGAAGCUGGAAAAUCGAAAAGCUUGUUUUAUUUAUUGAAAGAAAUGCUCAAAGCAAUUAAUCGACUAUCAAAAUAGUUGACGAUUUGUUGAAUAGUAGAAUUAGUAGAAUAAUCGUUGCAGCCCUAAACAUAAACAAAUUAAAUUUAUGGUACGCAGUGCUAAAGGAUAUUCAUAUAAUUAGACAUGAGGACAUUUUUGUUACUGUAUUUACCAGGAUUUGUUGAACUCUUGAAAUGGGUGAACAUUCUGUGAAAUUUUCUAAGAUGUUUUAAUAAAAACCACACUGAUGGAGCCUGAAAUCUCCCUGCAGUUAAACAGAGAUCUCCCUCUGUUUCCAUGCACACAUAAGCACCGAAAUCUAAUGACUAACAUUCCUAGAACAUUUCAUAAAAAUCUGCUUUUUUACUUCAAAUAGUAGCUCAAAUUGAAGUGUGGGCAGCACAUGUACAAAUAUUCUCCUCUUAAUUUUAGUACUUUAUACUAAUUUACUAAUUUUAUAUUUUGUUGCCUACUUUUUUUUUCAUCCUGUACAGCCUCUGCAUAUCUUAAUUUAAUCUGCUUUAAUCUUUAGUGACCUUUGAAAUCGUACUUCAUGUAUUUCUUGUCACUGUGUUUGUUCUGCAACAAAAUACCAAAGCAAAUUCCUUGUAUGUUAAUUCCUACUUGGCAAUAAAAUAAAUUCUGAUUCUA